UUUUUUUUUUUAAUUGAGGAAUCAACAGCCGCCAUCUUGUCGCGGAUCCGACCGGGGCUUCGAGCGCGAUCUACUCGGCCCCGCCGGUCCCGGGCCCCACAACCAGCCGCGCACCCCGCUCCGCCUGGCCGGCCCGCUCCGCCCGGCCCUCGGCGCCCGCCCCGGCGGCCCGGCUCGCCUCUCGUCUCGGCCUCCCGGAGCCCGGCGGCGGCGGCGGCGGCCGCGGCGGCCGCGGCGGCGGCGGCACGGGGUGGGGGGGCCGCGGCGCGGCGGCGGCCCCGCUCGGCGCAUUGUUUUUCCUCACGGCGGCGGCGGGCCGCGGGCGGGCGGCGGAGCCCAGAGCCCCCCGGUCGUCCGGCCGCGGGCGAAUUCAUUAAGUGGGGCGCGCGGGGGGGGGGCGGCGAGGCGGCGGCGGUACCACCAUGUUCCCGGGCGCCGCCUGAGCCGCGGGGCCGGGCGCCGUCGCUGCCAGCCGGGCCCGUGGAGGCGGCCGGGCCGCUUGGGCGCCCGGGCCGCGGAGUGUCGCGCUCGGGAGGUGGGCAGGGGAUGAGGGGGCCGCGGCCGGCGGCGGCGGCGGCCGGGGGCGGGCGGUGAGCGCUGCGGGGCGCUGUUGCUGAGGCUGAGAUUUGGCCGCCGCCUCCCCCACCCGGCCUGCGCCCUCCGCGGCCCGGCCCGCGCUCCUGCGCUCGCUCCUCGCUGGCUCGCCUGCUCGCAGCCGCCGGCCCGACCCCCGUCCGGGCCGCGUCGCGCCGCCCGCGCUCAGGGCUGUUUCCGCGAGCAGGUGAAGAUGGCCGAGAACUUGCUGGACGGACCGCCCAACCCCAAACGAGCCAAACUCAGCUCGCCCGGCUUCUCCACGAAUGACAGCACAGAUUUUGGAUCAUUGUUUGACUUGGAAAAUGAUCUUCCUGAUGAGCUGAUCCCCAAUGGAGAAUUAAGCCUUUUAAACAGUGGGAACCUUGUUCCAGAUGCUGCGUCCAAACAUAAACAACUGUCAGAGCUUCUUAGAGGAGGCAGCGGCUCUAGCAUCAACCCAGGGAUAGGCAAUGUGAGUGCCAGCAGCCCUGUGCAACAGGGCCUUGGUGGCCAGGCUCAGGGGCAGCCAAACAGUACAAACAUGGCCAGUUUAGGUGCCAUGGGCAAGAGCCCUCUGAACCAAGGAGACUCAUCAACACCCAACCUGCCCAAACAGGCAGCCAGCACCUCUGGGCCCACUCCCCCUGCCUCCCAAGCACUGAAUCCACAAGCACAAAAGCAAGUGGGGCUGGUGACCAGUAGUCCUGCCACAUCACAGACUGGACCUGGGAUCUGCAUGAAUGCUAACUUCAACCAGACCCACCCAGGCCUUCUCAAUAGUAACUCUGGCCAUAGCUUAAUGAAUCAGGCUCAACAAGGGCAAGCUCAAGUCAUGAAUGGAUCUCUUGGGGCUGCUGGAAGAGGAAGGGGAGCUGGAAUGCCCUACCCUGCUCCAGCCAUGCAGGGGGCCACAAGCAGUGUGCUGGCCGAGACCUUGACACAGGUUUCCCCACAAAUGGCUGGCCAUGCUGGACUGAAUACAGCACAGGCAGGAGGCAUGACCAAGAUGGGAAUGACUGGUACUACAAGUCCAUUUGGACAACCCUUUAGUCAAACUGGAGGUCAGCAGAUGGGAGCCACUGGAGUGAACCCCCAAUUAGCCAGCAAACAGAGCAUGGUCAAUAGUUUGCCUGCUUUUCCUACAGAUAUCAAGAAUACUUCAGUCACCACUGUGCCAAAUAUGUCCCAGUUGCAAACAUCAGUGGGAAUUGUACCCACACAAGGAAUUGCAACAGGCCCCACAGCAGACCCUGAGAAACGCAAACUGAUACAGCAGCAGCUGGUUCUACUGCUUCACGCCCACAAGUGUCAGAGACGAGAGCAAGCGAAUGGAGAGGUUCGAGCCUGUUCUCUCCCACACUGUCGGACCAUGAAAAAUGUUUUGAAUCACAUGACACAUUGCCAGGCUGGGAAAGCCUGCCAAGUUGCCCAUUGUGCAUCUUCACGACAAAUCAUCUCUCAUUGGAAGAACUGCACACGACAUGACUGUCCUGUUUGCCUCCCUUUGAAAAAUGCCAGUGACAAGCGAAACCAACAAACCAUCCUGGGAUCCCCAGCUAGUGGAAUUCAAAACACAAUUGGUUCUGUUGGUGCAGGGCAACAGAAUGCCACUUCUUUAAGUAACCCGAAUCCCAUAGACCCCAGCUCCAUGCAGCGGGCCUAUGCUGCUCUAGGACUCCCCUACAUGAACCAGCCUCAGACGCAGCUGCAGCCUCAGGUUCCUGGCCAGCAACCAGCACAGCCUCCAGCCCACCAGCAGAUGAGGACUCUCAAUGCCCUGGGAAACAACCCAAUGAGUAUUCCAACAGGAGGAAUAACAACAGAUCAGCAGCCACCAAACUUGAUUUCAGAAUCAGCUCUUCCAACUUCCUUGGGGGCUACCAAUCCACUGAUGAAUGAUGGCUCAAACUCUGGCAGCAUUGGAAGCCUCAGCACGGUACCCACAGCAGCCCCUCCUUCCAGCACUGGUGUCCGGAAAGGCUGGCAUGAGCAUGUGACUCAGGACCUGCGGAGCCAUCUAGUCCAUAAACUUGUUCAAGCCAUCUUCCCGACUCCUGACCCUGCAGCUCUGAAAGAUCGCCGCAUGGAGAACCUGGUUGCUUAUGCUAAGAAAGUGGAGGGAGACAUGUAUGAGUCUGCUAAUAGCAGGGAUGAAUACUAUCAUUUAUUAGCAGAGAAAAUCUAUAAAAUACAAAAAGAACUAGAAGAAAAACGGAGGUCUCGUUUACAUAAACAAGGCAUCCUGGGUAACCAGCCAGCUUUACCAGCUCCUGGGGCUCAGCCCCCUGUGAUCCCACCAACCCAGUCUGUAAGACCUCCAAAUGGGCCCCUGCCUUUACCAGUGAAUCGCAUGCAGGUUUCUCAAGGGAUGAAUUCAUUUAACCCAAUGUCCCUGGGGAACGUCCAGUUGCCACAGGCACCCAUGGGACCUCGUGCAGCGUCCCCCAUGAACCACUCUGUCCAGAUGAACAGCAUGGCCUCAGUCCCGGGGAUGGCCAUUUCUCCUUCCCGGAUGCCUCAGCCUCCGAAUAUGAUGGGCACCCAUGCCAACAAUAUUAUGGCCCAGGCACCUACUCAGAACCAGUUUCUGCCACAGAACCAGUUUCAGUCAUCCAGUGGGGCAAUGAGUGUGAACAGUGUGGGCAUGGGGCAGCCAGCAACGCAGGCAGGUGUUUCACAGGGCCAGGUGCCUGGAGGUGCUCUUCCUAACCCUCUGACCAUGCUGGCGCCCCAGGCCAGCCAGCUGCCUUGCCCACCAGUGACACAGUCACCAUUGCACCCGACUCCACCUCCUGCUUCCACAGCUGCUGGCAUGCCCUCUCUUCAACAUCCAACACCACCUGGGAUGACCCCUCCCCAGCCAGCAGCUCCCACUCAGCCAUCCACUCCUGUGUCAUCUGGGCAGACUCCUACCCCAACUCCUGGCUCAGUGCCCAGCGCUGCCCAAACACAGAGUACCCCUACAGUCCAGGCAGCAGCACAGGCUCAGGUGACUCCACAGCCUCAGACCCCAGUGCAGCCACCAUCUGUGGCUACUCCUCAGUCAUCACAGCAGCAACCAACGCCUGUGCAUACUCAGCCUCCUGGCACACCGCUUUCUCAGGCAGCAGCCAGCAUUGAUAAUAGAGUCCCUACUCCCUCCUCUGUGACCAGUGCUGAAACCAGUUCCCAGCAGCCAGGACCUGAUGUGCCCAUGCUGGAAAUGAAGACGGAGGCGCAGACAGAUGAUGCGGAGCCUGAGCCUGCCGAAGCCAAAGGGGAGCCUCAGUCUGAGAUGAUGGAAGAAGAUUUGCAGGGUUCUUCCCAAGUAAAAGAAGAAACAGAUAUGACAGAGCAGAAGUCAGAACCAAUGGAAGUAGAAGAAAAGAAACCCGAAGUAAAAGUGGAAGCUAAAGAGGAAGAAGAGAACAGUGCUAAUGGCACAGCCUCACAAUCAACAUCCCCUUCCCAGCCACGCAAAAAAAUCUUUAAACCCGAGGAGCUACGCCAGGCACUUAUGCCGACUCUAGAAGCACUCUAUCGACAGGACCCGGAGUCUUUGCCUUUUCGUCAGCCUGUAGAUCCUCAGCUCCUAGGAAUCCCAGAUUAUUUUGAUAUUGUGAAGAAUCCUAUGGACCUUUCUACCAUCAAACGAAAGCUGGACACAGGGCAAUAUCAAGAACCCUGGCAGUAUGUGGAUGAUGUCUGGCUUAUGUUCAACAAUGCAUGGCUAUAUAACCGGAAGACAUCCCGGGUAUAUAAAUUUUGCAGUAAACUUGCAGAGGUCUUUGAACAAGAAAUUGACCCUGUCAUGCAAUCUCUUGGAUAUUGCUGUGGACGAAAGUAUGAGUUCUCCCCACAGACUCUGUGCUGUUAUGGAAAGCAGCUGUGUACAAUCCCUCGAGAUGCCGCCUACUACAGCUAUCAGAACAGGUAUCAUUUCUGUGAGAAGUGUUUCACAGAGAUCCAGGGCGAGAAUGUGACCCUGGGUGACGACCCUUCCCAACCUCAGACGACAAUUUCCAAGGAUCAAUUUGAAAAGAAGAAAAAUGAUACCUUAGAUCCUGAACCUUUUGUUGACUGCAAAGAGUGUGGCCGGAAGAUGCAUCAGAUUUGCGUUCUACACUAUGACAUCAUUUGGCCUUCAGGUUUUGUGUGUGACAACUGCUUGAAGAAAACUGGCAGACCUCGGAAAGAAAACAAAUUCAGUGCUAAGAGGCUGCAGACCACACGAUUGGGAAACCACUUGGAAGACCGAGUGAACAAGUUUUUGCGGCGCCAGAAUCACCCUGAAGCUGGGGAGGUUUUUGUCAGAGUGGUGGCCAGCUCAGACAAGACGGUGGAGGUCAAGCCGGGAAUGAAGUCAAGGUUCGUGGAUUCGGGAGAAAUGUCUGAGUCUUUCCCAUAUCGCACCAAAGCACUCUUUGCUUUUGAGGAGAUCGAUGGAGUUGAUGUGUGCUUUUUUGGGAUGCAUGUGCAAGAAUAUGGCUCUGAUUGCCCCCCACCAAAUACAAGGCGUGUAUACAUAUCUUAUCUGGACAGUAUUCAUUUCUUCCGGCCCCGCUGCCUCCGGACAGCUGUUUACCAUGAGAUCCUCAUUGGAUAUCUAGAGUAUGUGAAGAAAUUGGGGUAUGUGACAGGACACAUCUGGGCCUGUCCCCCAAGUGAAGGAGAUGACUAUAUCUUUCAUUGCCAUCCCCCUGACCAGAAAAUCCCCAAACCAAAACGACUACAGGAGUGGUACAAGAAGAUGCUGGACAAGGCAUUCGCAGAGAGGAUCAUUAACGACUAUAAGGACAUCUUCAAACAAGCCAACGAAGACAGACUCACGAGUGCCAAGGAGUUGCCCUAUUUUGAAGGGGAUUUCUGGCCUAAUGUGCUGGAAGAAAGCAUUAAGGAGCUAGAACAAGAAGAAGAAGAGAGGAAAAAAGAAGAGAGUACUGCAGCUAGCGAGACUCCUGAGGGCAGUCAGGGUGACAGCAAGAAUGCCAAGAAAAAGAACAACAAGAAGACCAACAAAAACAAAAGCAGCAUUAGCCGAGCCAACAAGAAGAAGCCCAGCAUGCCCAAUGUUUCCAACGACCUGUCACAGAAGCUGUAUGCCACCAUGGAGAAGCACAAGGAGGUCUUCUUUGUGAUUCAUCUGCAUGCUGGGCCUGUUAUCAGCACUCAGCCCCCCAUCGUGGACCCUGAUCCCCUGCUUAGCUGUGACCUCAUGGAUGGGCGUGAUGCCUUCCUCACCCUGGCCAGAGACAAGCAUUGGGAAUUCUCUUCCUUACGCCGCUCCAAAUGGUCCACUCUGUGCAUGCUGGUGGAGCUGCACACACAGGGCCAGGACCGCUUUGUCUAUACCUGCAAUGAGUGCAAACACCAUGUAGAAACACGCUGGCACUGCACUGUGUGUGAGGACUAUGACCUUUGUAUCAAUUGCUACAACACAAAGAGCCACACCCAUAAGAUGGUGAAAUGGGGGCUAGGCCUAGAUGAUGAGGGCAGCAGUCAGGGUGAGCCACAGUCCAAGAGCCCCCAGGAAUCCCGGCGUCUCAGCAUCCAACGCUGCAUCCAGUCCCUGGUGCAUGCCUGCCAGUGUCGCAAUGCCAACUGCUCGCUGCCGUCUUGCCAGAAGAUGAAGCGAGUCGUGCAGCACACCAAGGGCUGCAAGCGCAAGACUAAUGGAGGGUGCCCAGUGUGCAAGCAGCUCAUUGCUCUUUGCUGCUACCACGCCAAACACUGCCAAGAAAAUAAAUGCCCUGUGCCCUUCUGCCUCAACAUCAAACACAAGCUCCGCCAGCAGCAGAUCCAGCACCGCCUGCAGCAGGCUCAGCUCAUGCGCCGGCGAAUGGCAACCAUGAACACCCGCAAUGUGCCUCAGCAGAGUUUGCCUUCUCCUACCUCAGCACCACCCGGGACUCCUACACAGCAGCCCAGCACACCCCAAACACCACAGCCCCCAGCCCAGCCUCAGCCUUCACCUGUAAACAUGUCACCAGCUGGCUUCCCUAAUGUAGCCCGGACUCAGCCCCCCACAAUAGUGUCUGCUGGGAAGCCUACCAACCAGGUGCCAGCUCCCCCACCCCCUGCCCAGCCCCCACCUGCAGCAGUAGAAGCAGCCCGGCAAAUUGAACGUGAGGCCCAGCAGCAGCAGCACCUGUACAGAGCAAACAUCAACAAUGGCAUGCCCCCAGGGCGUGCUGGUAUGGGAACCCCAGGAAGCCAAAUGGCUCCUGUGGGCCUGAAUGUGCCCCGUCCCAACCAAGUCAGUGGGCCUGUCAUGUCUAGCAUGCCACCUGGGCAGUGGCAGCAGGCACCCAUCCCUCAGCAGCAGCCGAUGCCAGGCAUGCCCAGGCCUGUAAUGUCUAUGCAGGCACAGGCAGCGGUGGCUGGGCCACGAAUGCCCAAUGUGCAGCCGCCAAGGAGCAUCUCGCCAAGUGCCCUGCAAGACCUGCUUCGGACCCUAAAGUCACCCAGCUCUCCUCAACAGCAGCAGCAGGUGCUGAACAUCCUCAAAUCUAACCCACAGCUAAUGGCAGCUUUCAUCAAACAGCGCACAGCCAAGUAUGUGGCCAAUCAGCCUGGCAUGCAGCCCCAGCCCGGACUUCAAUCCCAGCCUGGUAUGCAGCCUCAGCCUGGCAUGCACCAGCAGCCUAGCUUGCAAAACCUGAACGCAAUGCAAGCUGGUGUGCCACGGCCUGGUGUGCCUCCACCACAACAGGCAAUGGGAGGCCUGAACCCCCAGGGACAGGCUCUGAACAUCAUGAACCCGGGACACAACCCCAACAUGGCAAACAUGAAUCCACAGUACCGAGAAAUGGUGAGGAGACAGCUGCUACAGCACCAACAGCAGCAGCAGCAGCAACAGCAGCAGCAGCAGCAACAGCAAAGCAGUGCUAGCUUAGCUGGGGGCAUGGCAGGACACAGCCAGUUCCAGCAGCCACAAGGACCUGGAGGCUACGCCCCAGCCAUGCAACAGCAACGCAUGCAACAGCACCUCCCCAUCCAAGGCAGCUCCAUGGGCCAGAUGGCUGCUCCAAUGGGACAACUUGGCCAGAUGGGGCAGCCUGGGCUAGGGGCAGACAGCACCCCUAAUAUCCAGCAGGCCCUGCAGCAGCGGAUUCUGCAGCAGCAGCAGAUGAAGCAACAAAUUGGGUCACCAGGCCAGCCGAACCCCAUGAGCCCCCAGCAACACAUGCUCUCAGGACAGCCACAGGCCUCACAUCUCCCUGGCCAGCAGAUCGCCACAUCCCUUAGUAACCAGGUGCGGUCUCCAGCCCCUGUGCAGUCUCCACGGCCCCAAUCCCAACCUCCACAUUCCAGCCCGUCACCACGGAUACAGCCCCAGCCUUCACCACACCAUGUUUCACCCCAGACUGGUUCCCCUCACCCCGGACUCGCAGUCACCAUGGCCAGCUCCAUGGAUCAGGGACACCUGGGAAACCCUGAACAGAGUGCAAUGCUCCCCCAGCUGAAUACCCCCAACAGGAGCGCACUGUCCAGUGAACUGUCCCUGGUUGGUGAUACCACGGGAGACACGCUAGAAAAGUUUGUGGAGGGUUUGUAGCAUUAUGAGAGCAUUGGGUGUUUGUUUUUUUGUUUUGUUUUUCUUUUGUUUUGGGGAUUUGGGGUUUUUUUUUUUUGUUUUUUGUUUUUUUGUUUUGUUUUUUCUUUUUGUUUUUUUGGGGGGUUUUUUGUUUGUUUUGUUUUGUUUUUGUUUUUCUCCUCUCCCUCCCCUUUCAUGUUUUUGGACUUUUUGUACUGAAAAUCCAGGCAUCUGGGCUCUUUUUAUUAAGCCUAGAUGGGACUGUGACUCCCAAGCAUGGAAGGGCAGAUUGAUGUUUAAAGAAACAAUACAAAGAAUAUAUUUUUUUGUUAAAAACCAGUUGAUUUAAAUACCUGGUGUCUCUGUCUCUUUCUCUCUCUCUCUCUCUCUCUCUGUCUCUCUGUCUCUCCCUCUCUUUCUCUCAGCUUUUCUCUUUUUUUUUUUUUUUUUUUUUUUUCUGUUGUUUGGGGUGGGGGUUUGGAUUCUUUUGUCGUCAUUGCUGGUGACUCAUGCCUUUUUUUAAUGGGAAAAACAAGUUCAUUAUAUUCAUAUUUUUUAUUUGUAUUUUCAAGACUUAAACAUUUAUGUUUAAAAGUGAGAAGAAAAAUAAUACUCAGAAACUGGUUCCAGAAAUAAUGCAUCUUAUAAUGUGUCCCGAUAACGAGCUGAUGUUGCGGGAAGAUUUUUUUCUAUAGUGAACUCUGUGGGCAUCUCCAAGUAUUACCCCUGGACGAUAGGAAUUGACUCCGGCGUGCACACAUGUACACACCCACACAUCUAUCUAUACAUGCUGGCUUAAGCCAACCUCUUGUCUUGCAGAUGUAGAAAUUGUUGCUUUGUUUCUCUGAUAAAACUGGUUUUAGACAAAAAUAGGGAUGAUCACUCUCUUAGACCAUGCUAAUGUUAAUAGAGAAGAAGCAGUCUUUUCUUUCUUCUAUGUGAAACUUGAAAUGAGGAAAAGCAAUUCUAGUGUAAAUCAUGCAAGCGCUAUAAUUACUAUAAAUAAGAAAAUUCAAGAAGAUUCAAUCACUGUAUAGAAUGGUAACGUACCAACUCAUUUCUUAUAUCAUAUUGUUAAAUAAACUGUGUGCAACAGACAAAAAGGGUGGUCCUUCUUGAAUUCAUGUACAUGGUAUUAACA